AUGAGAUUAUCCAUUACUUUUUUGUACAGUUGCUUUCUAAUCGCUACCGUAGCCGCAAUAAGUGGCAAUCAUCUAGUGUUGUUGAAAAAAAGUCAAACGUUGGAGAAGUUCAUGAAAUAUGAUUUCACCUUCCCUGUAGCACAAAGGUUUAAAAGAUUUAUUCACAAGUACUACAAGAUUGGUAAUUUGGUUGGAUUUUCAGGAACGUUUUCCAAGAAUGCUUUGGAAAGACUCAGCAGGUGUCCGCUUGUGGCGGAAAUUGCAGACGAUGUCGAAUUCGAGGCAUUUUCAUUGCUCGAGCAAGAUAAUGCUCCGGCCCAUCUUGUAAAACUAUCACAAGAGAAUAGAGAAAGGACUGCCAAUAGAGCUUAUUACUAUGACGAAGAAGCACAGGGUGAAAACGUGAACGUUUACAUCGUUGACACUGGAAUUCAGAUCGAGAAUGAGGAGUUUGGGAAUCGCGCACAACUUGGUAAAGACUUCACAAUGGAAGGCGGCGCGGACUUGAAUGGUCACGGUACACAUGUGGCUGGAAUUGUCGGAUCGGCCACGUACGGAGUGGCUAAAAAGGUGGAUCUUAUUGCCGUGAAAACCCUUGACAAGUCAGGUCAUGGCUCGCUCAGCAGUAUCAUGGCUGCCAUGGAGUUUGCUGUCAAUCAUCGCAAAAAAUCAGGCAGACCUGGAAUUGCCAAUCUCAGUCUUGGAGCCAUGGCCAACUCGCUUCUCAAUCGCGUAAUCGAUUCGGCUACACAGACAGGGUUGGUGGUGGUAGUGGCCGCAGGGAACCAAAAUAUAGAUGCAUGUGAAAUGCUGCCUGCCAGCGCCUCCAAGGCAAUCACAGUUGGGGCAGUGGACGACACUUCCAGCAAUAUAGCAGAGUUCUCAAAUUGGGGAUCCUGUGUGGACAUCUUCACCACAGGGGUUGAAAUUGCAAGUAUUGAUGUGGCAAACGCCCGGAGAUCACUGAAGCUUUCAGGAACCUCCAUGGCCGCACCUAUAGUUUCUGGAUUAGUUGCUAACUUACUCAGUUCCGGUGUCCGUGUUUGGGAGGUCAAAGAUCGGCUUUUAGAGUUGGCUAGUACCGAUAUGAUUAACGAGCACUCGAUUUCGGAAAAAACGGGGCUGCCCAAUCUCGUGGCAUAUAAUGGGUGCGAUCCAUCGACACUCACAGACGAAGACUCUGAUACAGACUAG